AACGACUUGCGGCCGAUGGUCCUCGACGCCCUCAUCAAGAUCAAGAACGAGGCCGACCCGGCCCUCACCUUCCGCCGCUCCUGCCGCGAGGGCAUCUGCGGCUCCUGCGCCAUGAACAUCGACGGCGACAACCGCGCCUCCCCCUGCCUCACCAAGAUCAAGGCGGACUCCCCGGCCGCCUCCACCAUCGCGCCGCUGCCCCACAUGUACGUGGUCAAGGAUCUCGUGGUCGACAUGACCAACUUCUACAACCAGUACAAGAGCGUGGAGCCCUGGCUGAAGAGGAAGGAGCCAGCCGAGGGCGGCAAGGAGGUCCUGCAGAGUAAGAAGGACCGGGCCAAGCUGGACGGGAUGUACGAGUGCAUCUUGUGCGCUUGCUGUAGUACUUCGUGCCCGAGCUAUUGGUGGAACCCCGAGAGUUAUCUCGGGCCGGCGGCGCUGCUUCAUGCCAAUAGGUGGAUUCAGGACAGCCGGGACCAAUAUACCAAAGAGCGUCUGGAGGCUAUAAAUGACGAAUUCAAGCUUUACCGAUGCCACACUAUCAAGAAUUGUGUCGCCGCCUGCCCCAAAGGACUGAAUCCUGCUAAACAAAUCGAUGCCAUCAAAAAGCUCCAGCUUCAGUAACCAAACACAGAUGGAGUUAAAGAUCUUGAAUUCUUACUAUUAUCUGUGUUCCUGAUAUUUUUUUUUGUGUGUCUGCACUCAACUUACUAAACCGUCGGUGUGGGCAAUAAAAGUUCUAGAGUGCAUCCCAUUUGUAUUCCCUCUUCAACAUUCUGCAAUUUUGUAAUAACGUUACAGAUGCUGUUCCCUUUCAGCUGUUAUUAUGAUUAAUCGGGUUGGUAAUACCUUUUGAACUUGAAUGUGUAAAAAUGUAUUUGCUCAUUUCAUUUUA